AUGAGCCAUCCAGGAGGUAGGAGGCUUUUUGAGCUGGUCCUACAGGCUUUCUCACUGGCCAAGGACGAAGAAAUCAGCUCUUUUAGAGUGCCGGAGGACGAGUCCCGUAUCAUCGGUGGGAGACGCUGCUCCAUCAUCCAGCGGCCUUUCCAAGUUGCCCUCAUCAAGAGGGGUCAAAUCCUGUGCGGGGGAAGCUUGGUAGAUGCCGAAUGGGUCCUGACAGCCGCCCACUGCAGGCAGCCAAUGAGAGAAAUCAAGGUGUUAAUUGGGACGGACACAUUACGGGACGGCACGGGGCUAGUGAGGUUGAUUUCAAAAAUCGUGGUCCAUCCGGCCUACAACUACCGCAGGAUUGACAACGACUUCAUGCUCCUGAAGCUGAACAAGCCCGUUAAGUUCAGCAACAACAUCAAGAAGAUCCGAUUAGCCACGGAGUGUCCCAUGGGCGGGAUGAAGUGCACCGUCUCUGGUUGGGGCACGACCAAGUCCCCUGGAGCAAAGCUGCCCCAAGAUCUGCAGUGUGCCAACAUCCAAACCUUCGGGGCGGAGAAGUGCAGCAGGGCGUACGGGAACGCCCUCACCGCCAACAUGUUCUGCGCCGGCGUCCCCCAGGGGGGCAUCGAUUCCUGCCAGGGCGACUCUGGGGGUCCCUUGGAGUGCAACGGGGUGCUGCAAGGCGUGGUCUCGUGGGGCAUGGCCGUCUGCGGGCGCCGGGGUCAGCCCGGCGUCUACUCCAACGUCU